GGAUGCGCCCUUUCUGACGUCAUCGCACCAGGUGCAACUGUUACUCACCUGGCUCUGAAGUUUUAAAUCAACACUUAGUAAAUAUUAAAACUAACAAUCUGAGCUUAACGUUCACAAACAGAACGGUAGUAUUCUUUCCCCCCUGCCCGCAGUGUAAUUUUUCUAUGCACUGCAUCUACAAAGAUAUGCACAGCAAAUAAAAAGUACUACGUGGGCGAGCCCUUUUUUGUAAGUUUCCUUAGCAGUCCUUAAUAAUGAGGCGACGUUCGAGAAGGAAGUCCUCUACGACCCUAUUGCGGGAGCUGGACGCGUUCCCCAAGGUGCCCGAAAGCUGCGUGGAAGUGUCUGCUGCUGGAGGGACAGUUUCCCUCCUUGCUUUCACACUUAUAGCUGUCUUAAGCAUUGGAGAAUUUCUAUAUCUCAGGAAGACAUGGAUCAAAUAUGAAUAUGCAGUGGAUACAGACAUGAUGAGCAAACUUCUAAUUAAUGUGGAUAUCACUGUAGCCAUGAAGUGUAACACUAUUGGAGCAGAUGUUGUUGACUUAGCAGAAACUUUGGUGGCCAGUUCUGAUGAACUUCAUUAUGAGCCAGUACAUUUUGAACUCUCACCAGAACAAAAGCUUUGGCAAAGAAAUCUGCAAAGUAUGCAUAACUGCCUCGAAGAUGAGCAAAACUUACUGGAAUCGUUCACGGAGUACACUGUUGCUGACGCAAAGCACAAGAAACCUGAAAGUGAAGUUCUUGCUGUGGGUUCUCAUAAUGCUUGCCGAAUUUAUGGCUCUUUGAAAAUAAACAAAGUUGCUGGAAAUUUUCAUAUAACUCUGGGAAGGUCUAUUGCUCUUCGAUCUGCUCAUGCCCACUUGUCAUACACACUUAGCGAAGAAGAGUACAACUUUACACAUCGGAUUGAUCAUGUCUCAUUUGGAAAAUAUGUGCCAGGACUAAUUAAUCCACUAGAUGGCACUGAAAAACUGACUAAAAAAAAUCUGCACAUGUAUCAAUAUUUCGUUGUUGUGGUACCAACCAAAGUAAAUACCUUCCAGUUUUCAAUAGACACACAUCAGUUCUCUGUAACGGAAAAGGAAAGGACACUUAAUGGCACUAAAGCAGAUCAAGGUAUUCCUGGCAUUUUCAUGAAGUAUGACAUGAGUUCCCUUAUGGUCAAAAUUACAGAAGAACGAACACCUAUUGGUCAGUUUCUGAUCAGGCUUUGUGGCAUAAUAGGAGGGAUCUUUUCAACUGCUGGACUGCUUCAUAAUUUUAUUGGCUUCAUUAUUGACUUAAUUUUCUGUCACCCCAAGAUAGAAAAAAGCAACCCACCAACUCCUGCUUCUAAGAGUCCCAGAGGGUCAGCUGCUGAAGGCCAAACUAAUUUUCCAGAACUCCCAGAGGCAGCCGCACACGAGGAUGAAAGCCUUCUUCAAUCUUAACAAUUGUAGUUAAUUGCCAGUAAUUAAAUGUGUUUAUUAUACUGGCAAAUUUCUUAAUUUCUUUUUAGGUCUUCACAGUUCAUUCCUUCUGUUAACAGAAACGAUAAGGUUAAUAUUGCAAUUACUAUUGAAUCCAUCUCAUAAGUUAAGAUUACAGUUCUGUACUUUCUAACAAGUUCUGAUGUGAGGCUAAAUAAAAUGAUUUAUGUACA